AACGUGGAUUACCAAAACCGUUACCUUGCUUUUGCUUUGGCCACCCACAUCGGCGUUACCCACAACGAACAACCAAAGUCAAUAUGAUGAUAAAAAAAAAAAAAUAUUACCUAAUUAAAAAGCUUUAAAAUCCCCAUUAAUUCUAGAUUCUUUUCUUCUCCUCUAUAUUCUCUCUGCGAAGUGAGAAAUAUCGGCCUCUUCGCUAACUAGCCUCCAAAAUGAAAAAUCCAGGGAAACUGUGAGACGAGGACUCUUCUUUCUGUAACUUCAAUGGCCUCAUUGUUUUAGAUCUCCAAAUUAAUGCUUUUGUUUUUCUCCUUCUCCACCAUUUUUUGCAAGAUAUUUACUCAUUCUUAAACCGGCUUCGGCAGUAUCCGGAGCUCCUUUUUGCUUUUUGUUGUUCUCUUGAGGCAUUUAGUUCACUUUCGUUUGGCUAAACAGAACGAACGAGGAUCGUCCAUUCUCUGUUCUGUUGUAUUUUUGAGUCUCAAAUUUCUUGCCGUCUCCGAUCCAGAUUUAGUACUGAUUGGGUCGGCAUUUUCGGGUUUAGUAGUGAUUUGGCCCUUUGGAUUCUCGGAUUUUGGAGAACGAAUUCCCGGUGGGCUUCGAUAUUAUUUAGCCGUGUGGAUUUUGGAGGAGGAAUUUUUUAGGGUCUAUGAAAUGAUAAAGUGGAUAUAGAGAAUUGUCGAGACAGAUAGAGAGAGGGAAGAGGGCAAAAUGGAUGACAGAGGCGGCUCAUUUGUCGCUGUCAGGAGGAUAUCUCAAGGUCUCGAACGAGGCAGCAGCACCUGCCAUUCAACGUCUGCUGAAGUUGUGGCAGGAUCAGCAGCGUGGCUUGGUCGCGGUCUUUCUUGUGUGUGCGCACAAAGAAGAGAGAAUGAUGCUCGUCCUUCAUUUGAUUUAACCCCUGCCCAGGAAGAAUGCUUGCAGAGGUUACAAAGUCGUAUAGAUGUUGCAUAUGAUAGUUCAAUCCCUGAGCAUCAGGAAGCUUUGAGGGCUCUAUGGAAUGCUGCAUUUCCUGAAGAAGAACUUCGUGGUUUGAUAUCUGAGCAGUGGAAGGAAAUGGGUUGGCAAGGAAAGGACCCAUCAACAGAUUUUAGGGGUGGUGGUUUUAUAUCAUUGGAGAACUUGCUGUUCUUUGCUAGAAAUUUCCCGAAAUCAUUCCAGGACCUUCUUCAAAAGCGAGAAGGUGACCGAUCAGUGUGGGAAUACCCAUUUGCUGUAGCUGGUGUGAACAUCACAUUCAUGCUCAUUCAGAUGCUUGAUCUUGAAGCAGUCAAGCCGAGAACAAUGGUGGGGGCAAUUUUCUUGAAGUUCCUAUCAGAGAAUGAAUCAGCAUUUGACCUUCUUUACUGCAUCACAUUCAAGAUGAUGGAUCACCAAUGGCUUACCAUGCAUGCAUCAUAUAUGGACUUCAACACGGUUAUGAAGUCCACACGCCGUCAGCUUGAAAGGGAGCUUCUGCUUGAGGACAUAACACGGCUAGAAGACUUGCCCUCUUACAGUCUUCUUACACGAUAGGAUAGCAGCUGGAGAAUUAACUGUUGUAACAUCAGGUUUUGUGCCAACAGGAGGCACAUUUUCUUCUUCUUUUUUAGGUUCUGCCAACUCCUCUUAUAUCUUGUGGUUAGAUGGUUUGUGCCUCUCUUUAUAACUUCACUUGCAAAGUCCUAUUCAGUCAUAGAAGUGGGCGGUUUGAGUUUCUUGUACUGGAAAGAGGAAAGGUCUCCGAGUUUGCAAGGAGAAACCAUUGUUAUAAGCGUGAAUGCAUUUAGGAUCCAAAUACAGCAGCUCAAUUAUCGCAUUGUGUGGAAGACCAAGACUGCAGUGACUUAAAAUGAUCCUGUAGAUCACGGUAGCUAGAUUGGAUUGUUUAUUUCCAAUUGUAAGAAAGUCGACUGGAAUUCAGGUCCAGAUUUCCUAUUGAGUGUUUCUCACCCCCUUUUUAUGAGCCUGUUUUUUGUGGAACUAAUGAGCUUUGCUAGAUUUUGGCAGCUCAGUGUUAUUAGCUUGGCUUUGACCAUCAGGCAUGCAAUGGUAUUUAUUAUUGCAGAAA